AUGAAUGCAAAUUUUACUUGGUCAACAACUGAAAGAGGUGAAAAAGCAAUUCUUUAUAACAACUAUGUGUAUGGGUUAAGACGUGAAAAUCAGAAUGGUUCAUUAGUUUAUAUAUGUACUUUCAAAUCUUGUUCUCGUACUAUUACUCUAAAAGAUAAUGAAAUUAUAAAAUCAAAUGGUACAACAGAUAACCAUGAUCCUAAAUUACCAGAAAACGUUCAAGCUGUAUUAUCUGGAUUAAAACGUAGAGUAUUAACUGAUAUUAACGAACCAAUUGGAAAGAUUUAUGAAGAAGAAGUGAAGAAAUUUCGUCGUGACAAUGGUUCAGCUGGUUUGAUUCCAAUUUACUCAACAUGGAAAACAACUUUAUAUAAUAUUCGAAAAACUCUAUUACCGCCAACACCAACAUUAUUAUCAUCAAUUACAGUUCCUAGUGAUAUGUAUUUAUAA